GAUCGGGCAGCGGCUGUUUAGGGUGCAUUGGAUAUCCUGGGUUUCCUAACGAGAACUGUGCGCCCUGCAAAUUGGGGGUUCUUUACCUCGGGGAAGGGCAACUCUUCGUUUAGUGCUCACCUCCUGUGGGUGAGAGGACUCUCCCCGGAGGUCUGCGCGGACUGAGCGCUCUGGCCUCAAUGGGGCCGCGGCUUCCCCUCCUGGUGGCGGCCCUGGCCAGCUGCCUGCUUCCUGCCCUGGGUUGUAUCCUGUGUGAUAAAAAGGUCUUGGAAGAGCUAAAAUCCUUGGAGAAGGAAUACCUGCCUACACACCUGAGGGCUGAUCAGCACAGAAGACUGAUGGCUAGGGUAAACUUCACCUUGAAGGAUUUCACCAAUCUGCCGAUAAAUGAGGAUUCCUAUUUGGGGGUCAUCGAUGAGCCCACACUGGAAAAGGCAUCCUGGAGUUUGCUGAAGGAACUGAGACGCAUCAAGGACAGUAACGUAACAGGUGAGCUCUUUGUGAAGGAGCUGUUUUGGAUGUUGAAACAGCAAAAAGAUGUCUUUGCCAGAUUCAUGGCUCUGUUCUUAAAAGAGAAUUUUUGUCCCAACAAAUGUGGUACCAUGGUACAGACCAUGAUCUGGUGCCCUAACUGCAAGAAGGAGCUUCACCCUUGUCCGAAGGGUUCGGAGUGCCCAAGUCGCAAAGUCAAUGUCCAUGAAAUGGAGGACAUGAUCCUGGACUGUGAGCUCAACUGGCAUAAAGCCUCUGCAGCCCUGACCGAUUACAGCUUUUAUAGGGUUUGGAGCAACAAGACUCAGACCUUGGAGUACAAGGGGAAAGGACCCACCCUAGUCAAGACCAUGGUGGAGCCAAAGGAUGAAGGCGUCUAUCUCUGCAAGCUGGGAACCACGAUUGGCGUCACAGCCACGGCCAUCCGUUUUCACGUCAAAGUGUUGCCCAAAAGAACCGUGGAGGAGAAGUCAUCAGACAUGGAUGAUGACAUAGGCCUGGAUGACACAACGUGGUAUCCCAUCCAGCCGACCAGCCAGCCAAUGACAUCCGCUCCCACUGUGGAGAAUAUGCUGAAAAGCCUCCUGGUCGGGCUGCUGAUCUGGGGCUUUGUGGUGCUGAUGGCCAGCAUCGUCAUCGUGAUAUUUUGCUAUUGGUCUGAGAAGAAUCCUGGAUACUUCAUUGAUUCCUUAAAGGCCUGGUACCACACUGCCAAGGAAGCUGCCAAGAGAAUUGCCAUGGGAGCUGCCAAGGGAGCUGCCAAGGGAGCUGCCAAGGAAGCUGCUGAGGGGGCUGCCAAGGAAGCUGCCCAGGAAGCUGCUGAGGGGGCUGCCAAGGAAGCUGCCAAGGAACCUACCAAAGCAUCUGCCAAGGAAGCUGAUCAUAGACCCCAGGUUCCAGAGGAAAAGACCAAAAAACCUAGGCACCAAUAA